AUGGGGACGAUGGGUCCAGUGCUCUGGAUCCUAUCAGCAGCUACUCUUACUUAUUCCUAUGAAGCACAUACUCGAGUAUUCAACCCUGCACAUAAUGAACAAGUCUGCAGUACGUGGGGAAACUUCCAUUACAAGACAUUUGAUGGAGACAUCUUCCAGUUCCCAGGAACGUGUAACUAUGUCUUUGCCUCCCACUGUAAAAGCAACUACGAAGAUUUUAAUAUCCAGAUACGACGUUCAGUUGGUUCAGGGAAGACAACCCUGUCCUAUGUAGUGAUGAAGGUCGAGGGUCUGGUGAUUGAGAUGAAAAAAGGAGAGGUUAAGGUUGAAGGUAAAAGAGUUACUCUGCCGUACAGCCAGUUUGGGGUACAAAUACAAACCAGCAGCAUUUAUGUGAAAGUUUCUGCCAAGCUCGGACUGGUCCUUAUGUGGAAUGAGGACGAUGCUCUUAUGCUGAAACUACAGUCCAAAUACAUUAACAGUACAUGUGGGCUGUGCGGAAACAUGAAUGGAGUGAAGCAAGAUGAGUUCAAAGCUAAUGAUAUCCCACUGACCCCUCUGCAAUUUGGAAACCUGCAAAAGUUGGAUGGACCAACGGAACAAUGUGAAGAUCCUGUGCCAUCUGUCCCCAGUAACUGUAGUGACCUGAAGGAGACGUGCUUACGGAUGCUCUCCACUUCAGCCUUCAGAGACUGUGACCUCCGUCUCCCUAUAGCACCAUAUGUGCAGUCUUGCAUGUUGGAUCUUUGCAGCUGCCAGUCUUCUUCCGAUGUUUCCUGUUUCUGUGACACUCUGGCCGAGUACUCCCGUCAAUGCGCUCAUGCUGGUGGCAGGCCCAGUGAUUGGAGAACACAUAAGAUUUGUGAGAGAAGCUGUCCAAUGAAUAUGAAAUAUGAAGAAUGUGGUUCACCCUGCGUGGAUACCUGCUCCAAUUCAGAAAGGGCACUGGUUUGUGAAGAACAUUGUAUAGAUGGCUGCUUCUGUCCUCCAGGUCAGUUUCUGAUAAGUAACCUGAUAAUGAGAAGGGCCUGUCUAUCCUUCAUUGAUCUUUUAUGUAACUAUAACAAAUUCCUUCUAUCUAUAUACACCAUCUGAUCUCAUUUUGUUUGACUCGCAUGCCAUUCCAGCACCUGCACAGGAGGCCAAUGGAGUUGCCAUUCUCUGCCCUGUCCUGGGCGCUGUUCUCUAGAAGGAGGUUCUCACAUUAACACUUAUGAUGGAGGACACUACACUUUCCAUGGGGACUGUAGCUACAUAUUCACUAAGGACUGCGGCAAGAACACGUUCACUAUUCUGGCUGAGCUGCGGAGAUGUGGUGUCACUGAUACGGAGACCUGUCUGAAGAGUAUUACUUUAUCACUAGACAAAGGGGCAACUGUUAUCAUGGUGAAAUCUUCUGGUACAAUCCUCCUUAAUGGCAUCUAUGCUCAGAUACCUCUAGCCACAGAAAGCAUUGUUGUGUUCCAGCCAUCCUCUUUCUACGUGAUCAUUCAGAGUUUUAGUGGGCUGCAGAUUCAGGUUCAGCUUAGCCCGGUCAUGCAGAUAUUUGUGACCCUGGAUCCCGAGUACCAGGGAGAAACUUGCGGUCUCUGUGGAGAUUUUAACAACAUCCGUACAGAUGAUUACCAAUCUCUGAGUGGUGCUUUAGAGGGGACAGCUGCUGCAUUUGCCAACACCUGGAAGAGUCAAGCAGAUUGCCAUGAUGUGAAGGACAGCUAUGAAAACCCAUGCAUGCUCAGUGUGGAAAAUGAGAGAUAUGCCCAGCACUGGUGUUCUCUGCUCUCGGACACCAAAGGACCUUUUGCUCCCUGCCAUGAUGUAGUGCAUCCAAUGAUCUACCAAAAGAACUGUAUAUAUGACAGUUGCAACUACGAGAAGAGUGAAGACAGUGUGUGCGCUGCGUUUUCUUCCUACGCACGCAUGUGUGCUGCUCAGGGUGUCACUCUACAUGGGUGGAGAGGUACCAUUUGUGACAAAUAUACCAAGAACUGUCCCAGGAAUAUGUCCUAUCAAUACACCAUAAAUACUUGUCAGCAAACCUGUCGCUCUUUGAGUGAACCAGAUCCAAGCUGCAGUGUGCGAUUCUCACCUCUGGAUGGUUGUGGGUGCAGCAAAGGAACCUUCCUCGAUGAAAGUGGAUCCUGUGUUCCAGCCAAGAAAUGCCCCUGUUACUACAAGGGAUCAGCAAUGCCUGCAGGAGAAGUCAUCUAUGAUAACGGAGCCAUGUGUACGUGUCAAAGUGGAAGACUACACUGUGUUGGAAAAACACCAAGUUUUGCAGAGUGCCCAAAUAACAUGGUAUAUUUUGAUUGCGCUAAUGCUUCUAUGGGAGCUAAAGGAGCUGAAUGCCAGAAGACAUGCCAGACACUGGAUAUGGAGUGUUUCAGCAUUCAGUGUGCCUCGGGCUGUGUCUGCCCUGCUGGGCUUGUGCUCAAUAACAAUGGCAGCUGUGUGUCAGAGGAGCAGUGUCCUUGCGUACACAAUGGACAAAUUUACCACAGUGGGGAGAGUAUCCAACAGGACUGUAACACGUGUAUCUGUAAAGAGCGUAAGUGGCAGUGUACAAAGAAGGAAUGCCACAGGACCUGUGCGGUGUAUGGAGAGGGGCACUAUAUUACUUUUGAUGGAAAACGUUUUGACUUCAGUGGUAACUGCGAAUAUACAUUAGCUCAGGAUUAUUGUGCAUCCAGCUCAGGGAAUGGAUCAUUUCGAGUGAUCACUGAGAAUAUCCCAUGUGGGACAACUGGGGCAACUUGUUCAAAGGCUAUCAAACUAUUUUUGGGGAACUUUGAACUGAAGCUGAGUGAAGGAGCAUUUGAAGUUGUGGAGAGAGAAAUAGGAGGCGAUGUUCCUUACCAGGUCAGGCAGAUGGGUGUCUACCUUGUAAUCGAGGCCAAGAAUGGAUUGAUCCUCAUGUGGGACAAAAAAACAAGCAUCUUAAUUAAACUGAGCCCAGACUUUAAGGGAAACUUAUGUGGUCUCUGUGGCAAUUAUGAUGGCAGUGUCUCCAAUGAUUUCACCACAAGAAGUUUAUCGGUUGUCGUCAACGUACAAGAAUUUGGUAACAGCUGGAAAGCCUCUCCCUCCUGUCCUGAUGCGCAGCCCCUUAGAGAUCCUUGUCUUUCAAACCCAUACCGUCAGACCUGGUCCCAGAAACACUGCAGCAUUGUCAUGGGUGCCGCCUUCUCCAAAUGCCAUGCAAAGGUUGACCCCACCCCUUUCCAUGAAGCAUGUGUCCGGGACACUUGCGCUUGUGAUUCGGGAGGAGAUUGUGAGUGUUACUGUACGGCUGUGGCCGCUUAUGCUGCAGCCUGUAAUGAAGCUGGAAUCUGUGUAUCAUGGAGAAGCCCUGACAUUUGCCCACUUUUCUGUGAUUACUACAAUCCGGAAGGAGAAUGUGAGUGGCACUAUAAGCCAUGUGGAGCUCCAUGUAUGAAGACUUGCAGAAAUCCUAGUGGAAAGUGCAUGAAUGAGCUGCCAGGAUUGGAAGGAUGUUAUCCCAAAUGCCCCAAGGAUCGACCUUUCUUUGAUGAAGAUAUCAUGAAGUGUGUGGCCCAAGCAAACUGUGGAUGUUAUGAUGAUGAUGGCAAACGCUACACUGUUGGGGAUAUGGUGCCAUCCUUCAAAAACUGCGAAUCCUGUAUAUGCACCAAAAAGGGUCGUCGUUGCCAGUUGGAUCUGCGAGCUUGCUACUGCUAUUAUGGGAACAUGAAGUAUAACUACGGAGAAGUCAUCUAUAACACCACAGAUGGAAUUGGAGGAUGUAUAACAGCCAAGUGUUCAUCUAAUGGAACUAUUGAGAGAAAGGUCUAUCCAUGCACAGCAACUACUGAGGCGCCAACCACAACUUUGUAUUUCGACACAACAACUUCACCUGCCAUGAACCUGACCACUUCAGGGCCAGCAUCACCAACGUCUGUGUCGUGUCUGGAAGAAGUCUGCAAGUGGUCCAUGUGGUAUGAUGUGACCUGUCCCAAGUAUGGAGAAAAUGAAGGGGAUUUUGAAACAUUUGAGAAGAUCAGAGAUAGCGGUCACUCUGUUUGUAAAGUCCCAUCUAAGGUGGAGUGUCGAGCACAGAAAUUCCCCAAAAUACCUGUUAAAGACUUAGGUCAGAUCAUUCAGUGCAAUACUUCAGUUGGUCUUGUGUGUUACAAUCGAGACCAAUUUUCUCAGCUCUGUUUCAACUAUGAGAUUCGAAUCCUAUGUUGUAGCUAUGUUCCUUGUGGAAAUUCUACUAAACCUCCAAGUUCAACAGCUCAAACCUCUCCAAAAGUCACCUCUUUAACAACUAAAUCUCCUAAAUCCCCAACAAUCUCAACCCUGCUGCCUGUUGAUAUUUCCACCUUAAAAACCUUACAGACAAGUUCUACCAUAACUAGAAAAACACCUAGAACAACAGCUGAAAGUUCAGUCACAGAACAUGUACAGCCAUCUUCACCCUUACCUACCCUUGAGUCUCAUUCCGCUCCACACAGUACACCGUGCAAACUUCAGAAAUGCACCUGGACCCAAUGGUAUGAUGUACACUUUCCUACCAUUGUAACCUCUGAUGGAGACUUUGAGACACUAGAAAAUAUUGCGGCUGCUGGAAAUGAUAUAUGUAAAAAGCCAGACAAUAUUGAGUGCAGAGCUGAGCGUUUCCCAAAUACAAACAUAGCGGAUAUUGGGCAGGUUGUUACAUGCAAUGCUUCCUAUGGUCUCAUCUGCCAGAACAAAGAUCAGGACUGGAAUUUCCCCCUUUGUUACAAUUAUCAAGUAAGAGUACUAUGCUGCUCCAUGGAAGACUGUGAAAAAUCUACUGUUCCCCCUUAUACAAUAGACACUAUCCAUACAACCACUAUGGUUCCUGAAGAAACAAAAACUUCAAUCACAAUUACUGAAAGAACAGUCACAUCUGGUGUUAUAACAGAAAGGAAAAGUACUACAUCAAAAGUUCCUGAGGAAGGUCAUACAAGUGUCGUUGCUGGAACACAGUUCAAAACUGCUUCCUCUGCAUCAGGAUCCACCUCUGCUGACACGCCCUGUGAACCUGUUUGUCAGUGGUCACAGUGGUUUGAUGUAAGUUUCCCAGAUGAAGAGACCAAUGGAGACUUUGAAACCUUUGAGGAGAUCAAAAAAUCUGGAUUCAUGAUUUGUAAUGAGCCAUCAGAUAUCCAAUGCAGAUCAGCAGACCUUCCAGACAUUUCUUUAGAUGAACUUCAACAAAAUGUGGAGUGCAAUGCCAGUGUAGGUCUAAUCUGCAUGAAUGAGGAACAGAACGGCCCGUUUCCGUAUUGUUACAAUUAUGAGAUCCGUGUCCUCUGUUGCACUGGGUGUACCUCCACAAAACUUAUACCAACAACACCUUUGUAUCCAACUAGUACAAUUUCUGUGUCACCAGGAACAUCAACACCUGAAAAUACAAGUUUUCAUAAGUCUACCACAGGGAGGACAGAUGAAGAGACCACAUCUAAUAAGCCAAUUUCUAUGAAAAAUACUCAACAGUCUACUACAAGUGCAGUAGUGAAAUCUACCAAGACAGCAACAUCCACCGCUGGUUUAUCGUCUCCUAAAUCAUCUUCAACUUCCCAAAAGACAACCACCAUUAAACAAACAUCUGCUAAGUAUACCUCUGAAAAGUCAACCACUAAACAUUCAAAUGAAAAAACCCCUAGCAGCUCCAGUUCUAUGGAAGAAUCUCAUGAAUCCAAUGAAGAAACAUCAACUAGAGCAAGUAAGACAACUAGACCAACUCUAGGCACUGCUUCUUCUAAGACUACAGCUGCAAAAAGCACAAAAGUAACUUCAACCAUGCAAACCACAAUAUCUGAACAUGGAGUCACCUCGUCUCAAAAACCAGUAUCACUAAAACCAACUAAAGCAACCACAGCAUCUGGUGAAGUGACAACUACCAAAGUGCAAACUACUGCUUCUGGUGAAGUGACAUCUGCUUUUAGAACCUCUAAGCCAACAACUUCCAGAGUGACUGCAGCUUUUGGUAAAUCAACCACUGCUUCUUCCAGUGAAGAACUGCACUCCUACACACCGUUAUCAUCAAAAACUACAAAGGUACAUACGGCAGCAAAUGAAUUUACAACUACCGGGGCAACAACCCAAGGUAAAAUUAGUACCAUUAAACAAACAUCUGCUAAAUUCACCUCUGAAAAGUCAACCACUAAACAUUCAAAUGAAAACACCCCUAGCAGCUCAAGUUCUAUGGAAGAAUCUCAUGAAUCCAAUGAAGAAACAUCAACUAGAGCAAGUAAGACAACUAGACCAACUCUAGGCACUGCUUCUUCUAAGACUACAGCUGCAAAAAGCACAAAAGUAACUUCAACCAUGCAAACCACAAUAUCUGAACAUGGAGUCACCUCGUCUCAAAAACCAGUAUCACUAAAACCAACUAAAGCAACCACAGCAUCUGGUGAAGUGACAACUACCAAAGUGCAAACUACUGCUUCUGGUGAAGUGACAUCUGCUUUUAGAACCUCUAAGCCAACAACUUCCAGAGUGACUGCAGCUUUUGGUAAAUCAACCACUGCUUCUUCCAGUGAAGAACUGCACUCCUACACACCGUUAUCAUCAAAAACUACAAAGGUACAUACGGCAGCAAAUGAAUUUACAACUACCGGGGCAACAACCCAAGGUAAAAUUAGUACCAUUAAACAAACAUCUGCUAAAUUCACCUCUGAAAAGUCAACCACUAAACAUUCAAAUGAAAACACCCCUAGCAGCUCAAGUUCUAUGGAAGAAUCUCAUGAAUCCAAUGAAGAAACAUCAACUAGAGCAAGUAAGACAACUAGACCAACUCUAGGCACUGCUUCCUCUAAGACUACAGCUGCAAAAAGCACAAAAGUAACUUCAACGAUGCAAACCACAAGGUCUGAACAUGGAGACACUUCGUCUCAAAAACCAGUAUCGCUAAAACCAACUAAAGCAGCCACAGCAUCUGGUGAAGUGACAACUACCAAAGUGCAAACUACUGCUUCUGGUGAAGCGACAUCUGCUUUUAGAACCUCUAAGCCAACAACUUCCAGAGCGACUGCAACUUUUGGUAAAUCAACCACUGCUUCUUCCAGUGAAGAACUGCACUCCUACACACCGUUAUCAUCAAAAACGACAAAGGUGCAUACUGCAGAAAAUGAAUUGACAUCCACCAGGGCAACAACCCAUGGUAAAAUGAGUACCAUUAAACAAACAUCUGCUAAAUUCACCUCUGAAAAGUCAACCGCUAAACAUUCAAAUGAAAACACACCAAGCAGCUCCAGUUCUAUGGAAGAAUCUCAUGAAUCCAAUGAAGAAACUUCAACUAGAGCAAGUAAGACAACUAGACCAACUCUAGGCACUGCUUCUUCUAAGACUACAGCUGCAAAAAGCACAAAAGUAUCUUCAACCAUGCAAACCACAAGGUCUGAACAUGGAGAAACUUUGUCUCAAAAACCAGUAUCACUAAAACCAACUAAAGCAGCCACAGCAUCUGGUGAAGUGACAACUACCAAAGUGCAAACUACUGCUUCUGGUGAAGUGACAUCUGCUUUUAGAACCUCUAAGCCAACAACUUCCAGAGUGACUGCAGCUUUUGGUAAAUCAACCACUGCUUCUUCCAGUGAAGAACUACACACCUACACACCGUUAUCAUCAAAAACUACAAAGGUACAUACUGCAGCAAAUGAAUUUACAACUACCGGGGCAACAACCCAAGGUAAAAUUAGUACCAUUAAACAAACAUCUGCUAAAUUCACCUCUGAAAAGUCAACCACUAAACAUUCAAAUGAAAACACCCCUAGCAGCUCAAGUUCUAUGGAAGAAUCUCAUGAAUCAAAUGAAGAAACUUCAACUAGAGCAAGUAAGACAACUAGACCAACUCUAGGCACUGCUUCUUCUAAGACUACAGCUGCAAAAAGCACAAAAGUAACUUCAACCAUGCAAACCACAAGGUCUGAACAUGGAGACGCUUCGUCUCAAAAACCAGUAUCACAAAAACCAACUAAAGCAGCCACAGCAUCUGGUGAAGUGACAACUACCAAAGUGCAAACUACUGCUUCUGGUGAAGUGACAUCUGCUUUUAGAACCUCUAAGCCAACAACUUCCAGAGUGACUGCAUCUUUUGGUAAAUCAACCACUGCUUCUUCCAGUGAAGAACUACACUCCUACACACCGUUAUCAUCAAAAACAACAAAGGUGCAUACUGCAGAAAAUGAAUUGACAUCCACCAGGUCAACAACCCAUGGUAAAUUAAGUACCAUUAAACAAACAUCUGUUAAAUUCAUCUCUGAAAAGUCAACCACUAAACAUUCAAAUGAAAACACCCCUAGCAGCUCAAGUUCUAUGGAAGAAUCUCAUGAAUCCAAUGAAGAAACAUCAACUAGAGCAAGUAAGACAACUAGACCAACUCUAGGCACUGCUUCCUCUAAGACUACAGCUGCAAAAAGCACAAAAGUAACUUCAACCAUGCAAACCACAAGGUCUGAACAUGGAGACGCUUCGUCUCAAAAACCAGUAUCACAAAAACCAACUAAAGCAGACACAGCAUCUGGUGAAGUGACAACUACCAAAGUGCAAACUACUGCUUCUGGUGAAGCGACAUCUGCUUUUAGAACCUCUAAGCCAACAACUUCCAGAGCGACUGCAACUUUUGGUAAAUCAACCACUGCUUCUUCCAGUGAAGAACUGCACUCCUACACACCGUUAUCAUCAAAAACGACAAAGGUGCAUACUGCAGAAAAUGAAUUGACAUCCACCAGGGCAACAACCCAUGGUAAAAUGAGUACUUUUAAACAAACAUCUGCUAAAUUCACCUCUGAAAAGUCAACCGCUAAACAUUCAAAUGAAAACACACCAAGCAGCUCCAGUUCUAUGGAAGAAUCUCAUGAAUCCAAUGAAGAAACUUCAACUAGAGCAAGUAAGACAACUAGACCAACUCUAGGCACUACUUCUUCUAAGACUACAGCUGCAAAAAGCACAAAAGUAACUUCAACGAUGCAAACCACAAGGUCUGAACAUGGAGACACUUUGUCUCAAAAACCAGUAUCACUAAAACCAACUAAAGCAGCCACAGCAUCUGGUGAAGUGACAACUACCAAAGUGCAAACUACUGCUUCUGGUGAAGCGACAUCUGCUUUUAGAACCUCUAAGCCAACAACUUCCAGAGCGACUGCAACUUUUGGUAAAUCAACCACUGCUUCUUCCAGUGAAGAACUGCACUCCUACACACCGUUAUCAUCAAAAACUACAAAGGUACAUACUGCAGAAAAUGAAUUGACAUCCACCAGGGCAACAACCCAUGGUAAAAUGAGUACUUUUAAACAAACAUCUGCUAAAUUCACCUCUGAAAAGUCAACCGCUAAACAUUCAAAUGAAAACACACCAAGCAGCUCCAGUUCUAUGGAAGAAUCUCAUGAAUCCAAUGAAGAAACUUCAACUAGAGCAAGUAAGACAACUAGACCAACUCUAGCCACUGCUUCUUCUAAGACUACAGCUGCAAAAAGCACAAAAGUAACUUCAACCAUGCAAACCACAAGGUCUGAACAUGAAGACAUCUCGUCUCAAAAACCAGUAUCACUAAAACCAACUAAAGCAGCCACAGCAUCUGGUGAAGUGACAACUACCAAAGUGCAAACUACUGCUUCUGGUGAAGCGACAUCUGCUUUUAGAACCUCUAAGCCAACAACUUCCAGAGCGACUGCAACUUUUGGUAAAUCCACCACUGCUUCUUCCAGUCAAGAACUGCACUCCUACACACCGUUAUCAUCAAAAACGACGAAGGUGCAUACUGCAGAAAAUGAAUUGACAUCCACCAGGGCAACAACCCAUGGUAAAAUGAGUACCAUUAAACAAACAUCUGCUAAAUUCACAUCUGAAAAGUCAACCGCUAAACAUUCAAAUGAAAACACCCCUAGCAGCUCAAGUUCUAUGGAAGAAUCUCAUGAAUCCAAUGAAGAAACAUCAACUAGAGCAAGUAAGACAACUAGACCAGCUCUAGGCACUGCUUCAUCUAAGACUACAGCUGCAAAAAGCACAAAAGUAACUUCAACCAUGCAAACCACAAGGGCUGAACAUGAAGACACUUCGUCUCAAAAACCAGUAUCACAAAAACCAACUAAAGCAGCCACAGCAUCUGGUGAAGUGACAACUACCAAAGUGAAAACUACUGCUUCUGGUGAAGCGACAUCUGCUUUUAGAACCUCUAAGCCAACAACUUCCAGAGCGACUGCAACUUUUGGUAAAUCCACCACUGCUUCUUCCAGUGAAGAACUGCACUCCUACACACCAUUAUCAUCAAAAACGACAAAGGUGCAUACUGCAGAAAAUGAAUUGACAUCCACCAGGGCAACAACCCAUGGUAAAAUGAGUACCAUUAAACAAACAUCUGCUAAAUUCACCUCUGAAAAGUCAACCACUAAACAUUCAAAUGAAAACACCCCUAGCAGCUCAAGUUCUAUGGAAGAAUCUCAUGAAUCCAAUGAAGAAACAUCAACUAGAGCAAGUAAGACAACUAGACCAGCUCUAGGCACUACUUCUUCUAAGACUACAGCUCCAAAAAGCACAAAAGUAACUUCAACCAUGCAAACUACAAGGGCUGAACAUGAAGACACUUCAUCUCAAAAACCAGUAUCACAAAAACCAACUAAAGCAGCCACAGCAUCUGGUGAAGUGACAACUACCAAAGUGCAAACUACUGCUUCUGGUGAAGUGACAUCUGCUUUUAGAACCUCUAAGCUAACAACUUCCAGAGUGACUGCAGCUUUUGGUAAAUCAACCACUGCUCCUUCCAGUGAAGAACUGCACUCCUACACACCGUUAUCAUCAAAAACUACAAAGGUACAUACUGCAGCAAAUGAAUUUACAUCUACCGGGGCAACAACUCAUGGUAAAAUGAGUACCAUUAAACAAACAUCUGCUAAAUUCACCUCUGAAAAGUCAACCGCUAAACAUUCAAAUGAAAACACACCUAGCAGCUCAAGUUCUAUGGAGGAAUCUCACGAAUCCAAUGAAGAAACAUCAACUAGAGCAAGUAAGACAACUAGACCAACUCUAGGCACUGCUUCUUCUAAGUCUACAGCUGCAAAAAGCACAAAAGUAACUUCAACCAUGCAAACCACAAGGUCUGAACAUGGAGACACUUCAUCUCAAAAACCAGUAUCACUAAAACCAACUAAAGCAGCCACAGCAUCUGGUGAAGUGACAGCUACCAGAGUGCCUUCUACUGCUUCUGGUGAAGUGACAUCUGCUUUUAGAACCUCUAAGCCAACAACUUCCAGAGUGACUGCAGCUUUUGGUAAAUCAACCACUGCUUCUUCCAGUGAAGAACUGCACUCCUACACACCGUUAUCAUCAAAAACUACAAAGGUACAUACUGCAGAAAAUGAGUUUACAUCUACCGGGGCAACAACCCAUGGUAAAAUGAGUACCAUUAAACAAACAUCUGCUAAAUUCACCUCUGAAAAGUCAACCACUAAACAUUCAAAUGAAAACACACCUAGCAGCUCAAGUUCUAUGGAAGAAUCUCACGAAUCCAUUGAAGAAACAUCAACUAGAGCAAGUAAGACAACUAGACCAACUCUAGGCACUGCUUCUUCUAAGUCUACAGCUGCAAAAAGCACAAAAGUAACUUCAACCAUGCAAACCACAGGGUCUGUACAUGGAGACACUUCAUCUCAAAAACCAGUAUCACUAAAACCAACUAAAGCAGCCACAGCAUCUGGUGAAGUGACAGCUACCAAAGUGCCUUCUACUGCUUCUGGUGAAGUGACAUCUGCUUUUAGAACCUCUAAGCCAACAACUUCCAGAGUGACUGCAGCUUUUGGUAAAUCAACCACUGCUCCUUCCAGUGAAGAACUGCACUCCUACACACCGUUAUCAUCAAAAACUACAAAGGUACAUACUGCAGCAAAUGAAUUUACAUCUACCGGGGCAACAAGCCAUGGUAAAAUGAGUACCAUUAAACAAACAUCUGCUAAAUUCACCUCUGAAAAGUCAACCACUAAACAUUCAAAUGAAAACACACCUAGCAGCUCAAGUUCUAUGGAAGAAUCUCACGAAUCCAAUGAAGAAACAUCAACUAGAGCAAGUAAGACAACUAGACCAACUCUAGGCACUGCUUCCUAUAAGACUACAGCUGCAAAAAGCACAAAAGUAACUUCAACCAUGCAAACCACAAGGUCUGAACAUGGAAACACUUCGUCUCAAAAACCAGUAUCGCUAAAACCAACUAAAGCAGCCACAGCAUCUGGUGAAGUGACAACUACCAAAGUGCUAACUACUGCUUCUGGUGAAGCGACAUCUGCUUUUAGGACCUCUAAGCCAACAACUUCCAGAGUGACUGCAGCUUUUGGUAAAUCAACCACUGCUCCUUCCAGUGAAGAACUGCACUCCUACACACCGUUAUCAUCAAAAACUACAAAGGUACAUACUGCAGAAAAUGAGUUUACAUCUACCGGGGCAACAACCCAUGGUAAAAUGAGCACCAUUAAACAAACAUCUGCUAAAUUCACCUCUGAAAAGUCAACCACUAAACAUUCAAAUGAAAACACCCCUAGCAGCUCAAGUUCUAUGGAAGAAUCUCAUGAAUCCAAUGAAGAAACUUCAACUAGAGCAAGUAAGACAACUAGACCAACUCUAGGCACUGCUUCUUCUAAGUCUACAGCUGCAAGAAGCACAAAAGUAACUUCAAUCACACCAACAUCAUCUCAGAAACCAAUGUCACUAAAAACUACUAAAGUAUCAACUGCAUCUGAUGAAGUAUCUUCUGCCAAAGUACCAUUUUCUAAAUUUAGCACAUUUUUCUAUAAAUCAACAUCUGAAUCAUCCCAAGAAGAUAAAACCACAACUUAUAUACCCUCAAAAACAUUUGCAGAAAUGUCAUCUACAGUUAGUAAGCUAAGCACAUCAAUUAAGCCCAUGUCAAUAAAAACUACUAAAGUGUCUACUCAUUCUGGAGAGGACACAGCAACAUCAAAGUCAUCCUCUGUAAGAUAUUCUACUGUUUCUCAGAAGUCAACCAGUAUAGCUUCUAGUGAAACAUUUAGUUCUAAACCACCCACAAAAAGCACCAAAAGUUCCACGUUCUCAACACAUGCCACCAGAGACAAUGAAAGUGUGAUUACUAAAACUUUGAAACCGAUCACAACAGCGCAACAAACUUUUUCUACGACCAAAUGUAUGUGCAACGUAAAUGGAGUUUUGGUUUUACCCGGCCACAUUUUGUAUAACACCUCUGAUAACGCUGGCUGGUGUUUCUAUGCUCGGUGCAAUGAGACUUGCCAAGUGGAAAGGUACAGUGAACAAUGUCAUAGAUCUACAAUAGCAACCACCAUAAGCAGUACCAAAACAGCAAAAACUGUCACUGCAAGCACAGUGACUGCAACUUCCACAAAGGCAAGCAACACAGAAUCAGCUAGAUGGAGCACAAAGACACCCCAGACAAAGACCUCUACAUCGGCUCCUAUUUCAGCCAGCACUUCCCCAUAUGAUUGCGGUGCACUAAAGCCACCCAGAAAGAUGAAUGAAACCUGGUCUAUUGACAAGUGCACCAAGGCGACCUGUGUUGGACAGAAUAACAUAGCUAUAAAGCAGAAGGAAUGUCCACCUGUUAACAAUGUGGUUUGUGCCAAUCGCUUACAACCACGAAAGAUAUAUGAUGAAAGUGGCUGCUGUUAUCAGAAUGAGUGUGAAUGUGUCUGCGGUGGCUGGGGUACCUCCCAUUACAUAACAUUUGAUGGUACCUAUUAUUCCUUUAAUGGCAAGUGCACCUAUGUCCUCGUCCAACAAAUUACACCACGCUUUGACCACUUCCGAGUUUACAUAGACAACUUCUCCUGUGACCCAGAUGACCCAACGUGCAUUAAGACACUUCGUAUCAUGUACAAGAGUGAUAGUAUUGUCCUGACCUCCCAGGAGAUAAACAAUAGGCCAGAAAACAAGGUAUACUUAAAUGAAGAGAGGAUAUAUCCAGCCAUAAUGAGAAAUGGCAUAACAAUCACUUCAUCUGGCAUAUUUAUGAUAGUGGAGAUACCAGAGUUGGGAGCAUAUAUCUCCUUUAAUGUUCUCAGCUUCACUGUCAAGUUGCCGUUCAGCAAGUUUUCAAGCAACACUGAAGGACAUUGCGGCAAGUGUUCUAAUACUCGUACUGAUGACUGCAUCCUGCCCAAUGGAAAAUUGGCUCCAUCUUGUGCCCAAAUGGCAGGAUAUUGGGGUGCUCCAGAUCAGGACAUGUCUACUUGCAACUCUAUUCCUACCAGUGCCCCCACCACAAUCAUCCAAUCUGCAUUCCCAUUUUCUUCCAAGUCAUCUGCCUAUUUCUCCACUCCAUUAUCCAGCUUACCACAAACAUUCUCAUCAAGUGCCCCAUCUACUGAAUUUCCCACUCAAACACCAAGGGCUCCAUCUACUGAACUUCUCAUUCAGUCAUCUACAUAUCCCUCAACCAUGUCCCAAACGGAACCAGAUGAGCCCUGCAACCCUCCUGACAUCUGCAAGAUUAUCAUCAGCAGUGUUUUCGAGAGCUGUCACAGUGUUGUGCCCCCUGAGCCAUUCUACCAAUCCUGUGUCAGGGAUGGAUGCAUUAAGUCUGUAGGUGAAGUUCUCUGCUCCAACUUGCAGAGCUAUGCCAGCUUCUGCGCCAUGGAGGGAGCCUGCAUAGACUGGAGAAACAGUACCAAUGGAGCUUGUCCCAUGAACUGCACGACAGAUAAAGUAUACAAGGCAUGUGGACCUCGAGUUGAACCUACCUGUAAUUUCAAGUACAAUGAAAUGUUUGCUGAAAAGAAAGAGAAUGAAUUUGUAGAAGGAUGUUAUUGCCCUGAGGGUACCACCUUGUUCAACACUAUCUCAGGACAAUGCGUGUCCUCCUGUGGUUGUACUGGUCCUGAUGGAAUGCCCAAACAGCCUGGAGAGACAUGGGACAGUAACUGCCAGACUUGUAUAUGCGAUAACGUCACAAUGAGUGUGCAGUGUGCCGCAAAAUCUUGCCUUUCCCCCACCACCGCGUCCUGCGCCGAGGAGGGAUACAUGGCAGUAUCAGUAAUGGAUCCUGCCAACCCCUGUUGUCAAGUUACCGAAUGCAGAUGCAACGUCAGCUUGUGUUCCAGUUUAAAACCACUUUGUGAGCCUGGUUUUGAAGCCGUGCCAGUCAUGGCAGGAGGAAGCUGCUGCCCUACAUAUACAUGCGAGCCCAAAAAAGUGUGUGUGCAUAACAAUACAGAGUACCAGCCCGGGGUCAUCGUUCCUUCAUCCAACCUUUGUGAGAAAUGUGUGUGUGACAGCACCAUGGACCAUGAAUCAAGCCUCUACAACAUUUCCUGCACGCCAAUUACAUGUGACAAGAAAUGUUCACAGGUAGAAGUCCAAGAGAGAUGCCUGCUUAAAAUCCUAAUGGUUGGUUUUUUCCAGGGGUACGUGUAUCAAACGGUUCCAGGACAAUGCUGUGGGAAGUGUGUGCAAACACAAUGUGUCAUGGAUCUGCCCGAUAACUCCACUUUUGUGCUCCAGCCUGGGCAGAGCUGGUCACCUCCGGGAGAUAACUGUACUCAUUAUGAGUGUAUCAAGAAGAAGGACAAGCUGAUGCCUGUGGCAUCCAAGAUAUCCUGCCCAAGAAUUAACCUUGAUGACUGCAUCCCUGAAACAAUUCAAAAGGAUGCCACUGGGUGCUGUCAAACCUGUGUCCAAGAACCGAAAAAGUGUCAGGUGGCAAAGACAGAAAACAUCAUUCUUCAGAAUGGCUGCAAAUCCCUUACUCCGGUCUUGAUGUCAUACUGCAGAGGCAAUUGUGACAGUUCCUCCAUGUAUUCUGCAGAAGCACAGGCCAUGAAGCGCAAGUGUAAAUGUUGCCAGGAAACAAAAACUGAAGAGGUCACCAUUGACUUAAGUUGUCCCUCUGGUAAACUGAUGAAAUACACCUAUAUCAAUGUCCAGAGUUGUGCCUGUGUUAACACCCACUGUAAGGAAGACAAGAAAGCAGAUGAAAAGCAGAAUGGAAAUUCUCACUCUGAAGAGGAUUCUUCAGAAAACAGAAGCAAAGAGAUCCAAAAAGGUGUAAAAUUAGGAAAAGAGCCUAAAUCAGAAAAUAUGUCUUCAGAAGAACUUCAAAACUCCAAGAAGCCAGCGCCCAAGACCACAGAACAAUCUGCAAAGACGAAAAAAUCUGAUGAAAAAGAUAAAUCUGAAGAAACAUCUAGAGAAAAUGGAGGCAACAUAAUUCAGAAAGUUCUAAAAGGUCUAGAAGUAUGA